AUGACAGAGAGCCUCUCCAAAACAGACAGUGGUACCAAUGGUUUCACCUUCUUCAAUCGACUACCGGAGGAGACAGCCGAAGAAAAUUUAGCUGGAAGUAGUAGUGUCAUAUCAAGUAUAUUUGGACGUUUUUGGCGUCCUCAAAGCACCUCAGAACCCGAAACUUCGGGCUCUGCUUCGUUCUACCUUGGAGAAGGUUCAGCAACCACCGAAAAGCAGAAUGCAGUAGUUGCUGACUCGCGUAAUAGUGAUGUCUCAGUGAACGCUGAAGAUGGUGGCAGCAACAUUUCUAAUAUGCCUUAUCCGCAAGAGAAUCGCAAGGAUGUGAAGUCUCUGCUUUCUCCUUCUCCAAGUAGUAACAGCCUUGACAAUGAAAACAAGCAGAGGAAGAUUUCGGAUAAGCUAAGCAACAUGUUCAAAUCUGAGUCAAAGCAAGGACUGAUAGACUAUAACAGGAGUAACUUCCGACAGUAUUGGAUGCCUGAUUCCACCGGUAAAGAAUGUUAUCAGUGCGAAGAGCGUUUCUCCACCUUCAGGAGGAGGCAUCACUGCCGCUUAUGUGGGCAGAUAUUUUGCGCGAAGUGCUGCAAUAUACACGUGCCAGGUUCUGCUUUAGGUUACAUAGGUGAUCUGCGACUUUGUCAAUACUGUGCAAAAAUGGUUGCGCAGUAUAUACCCACAGACGAGGAACGUCGUCAGUCUACUGAAGAGUUUGAUAAUUGUGGUAUAGUAAAUAGCACUCCUCCGGCACGUCAAGCGGACUCGCUCAGCGUGGUUGGUUCGGUGAUCUCCACGGUAUCAGCAGGUCCAAUGUUAUGGGCUCGACAGUCUGAUAGGCAGUACGGUAUUGGAGCUACACCACUGGAGAAUGAGACCUCGUUCACUCAGUCCAAGCCACCAUCACUGUUAUGUGUGAAUGAGUUAUACUUACAACACGAAAACCGACAAGAAGCUGGAGCUGACAAAAUCAGAGCCACUCUCCAGGAGGAUGAAGACUCUGGUCCAGAUUGGUUUCGCAAUAUGGAUCCUGAUACGCUUAUUUCCAUCAAAGACGAUAGCAAAAUACGAAGCAGCGAAACAGGUUCGACAGAAAACCACUUUGAUCCUCUUCCGAUUUCCGUUGGAGUUCCAUGCGAGAAGAUUAGCGAGAAUAAGUCAUCAUCUGUCAAAGCGUCACUUUCCCUUUCUCCUUCGAAAACUCAUCUUGAUGGCGACAUUGAUAGAGCUUUUGAUCUCAGAGCUGAACACUUGCUGACGUAUCUCUGUUCUCGGGAGCGAUUGCGUGAUCUCAAAUGGAAGCCAAUUAUUCUCAAGCUUGCCAAAGAAAUAGCACAAACUGUAAAAGUUGAUGUAGCGAAGAGACGUGAUAACAUGAACAUUGUGAAUUAUGUGCAUGUAAAGAAAUUUCAUAUGGAUUACGAGGACCCUCAAGCAGAGCUUGUGUGGGGUGUAGUAUGCAGUAAAACUGUGACACAUGAGUCAAUGGCACAGCCUUUGAGAGAUGCUUCAGUUAUGAUUGUAGCAGGUUCAAUAGAAUACGAACGGUUCCAAGGACGUUUAUCUUCACUUGUACCUAUUUUGAAUCAAGAAGGAGAGUUCCUUUCAAAGCAGGUGGAGCGAAUACUCUCCCGUCGUCCUUCGUUGUUAUUGGUUGAGGGUUGUGUUUCGAGACUGGCAUCAGAUUUAUUGCGUGAUGCGGGUGUACGGCUUGUGGUGAAUGUAAGGCAACGCGUACUGGAGCGGAUAGCACGCUCAACGGGAGCCGACAUCCUUCCUAGUUCUGAUGCACAGCUUAUUCAGCAAAAUAUAGGUUUCUGUCCAUAUUUCGCUCAACAAACGAUCACUUUGAAGGAUGGGCGCGUUAAACAUUUUUUGGUAUGCUUUUCUACAUUGCGUCUCUGCAUUUAUUCUUAUGUAGUUGUGGUCCUCAAUGAGUGCCCUCCUGAUCGCGGGUGUAGCGUACUUCUAAAAGGUGCUGAUUUGCGAGAAUUGAAGGCUCGUAUAUUGCUAUUUCUGACUUCGAUUUUAUACUCAUCCCAACUAGAGAUUGCAUUUUUGAAUAUGUUCAAUAUUCGGAUGGUAUACCAUACAUCUAAUUGUGAUGUGUGUGAAGCUCGUAGGGAAGCUAUCGACCAGAAUACCGAGAAAUCGACUUUUGAACAGGCUCUUGUUGAAUGUGUUCUAUCCGCUUCACCAUUUAUCGAUUACGAACCUCCUUUUUUAGAAACAGUGAAAGGAAGGACAGUUUACUCUGUUAGAAAGUGCUAUUUAUUCAGAAACUGUUCAUUAUUGCCGUACUUUAACGCGCCAGUUUAUCAUUUCUUUACCGCUGAGGAUUUCGAUGCCCGUUUGACAGAAGAGGGUGAUGAAGUUCAGCGAUAUCUUGAUAAGCAGCAGAACAUUCCCCUACCCGACACUCCACGUCAUUACUAUGCGACCUGUGGCGCUCGCGACGCGGAUAGUAUUGAAGAUGUCAGCUCAUUUCGUGCGUUAGGUGGCGUUAUUUUCAGAAAUCGUAUUCAAGGACGGAAGAUGAAGGAAGAAGGGCGGAGGAACAGUAAAGAACGACCGCGGAUUCGGCGGCACGACAUGCUAGAUCCAUAUGUUCACCAGCGAAUAGCUGUUCUAUUCGGUUCCUUUUCUCCGAAAUCACCUAACGCUCCUUAUUUCUGUGUUCGUCCAUGGGUGGUCAAUAUGGAAUUCUAUGGAUCUUACGAUAUGACCCUUGGGGAAUUCCUCACAAAAUUCUGCUUCAGCAAGUCAUACGAGUGUCCAUCAACGAACUGCGAGGUUCCCAUGCUCGACCACUCCAGGAAGCUAGUUUACGGACGUGUCUGUGUUGAAGUUACUACCCAGAUUGUCGUGAGUGGUACAGAUGAAUCCUCUAUUGCCAACGCCUCGCCUACACAGAUUUACGCUUGGAAUUAUUGCGAGAGAAGAGAACGUUCUUUUUGCAGUUGCAAACUAUCAUCUCCUGUUGUGCCAAUGAAUACCUCUGUUUGGCACUUGUCGUUCGGUAAAUAUCUUGAUUACAUCGCUCACACUGGGUUUUCUAAGGGUGACGUGACCUCUCCCGUGCGACAAGACUGUCCGCACUGCUUUUUCCACGAACACACCCAUUUCUAUUCGCAAGGCAAUUACGUUGCUAGCUUCAAAGUUUCUUCGGUUCGCCCUUACAAUGUCCAGUUUUCGCCUGUACAGUGCCGGAUUGUUCCAAAUCAGUACAGCAAGCAAGCCCUUAUAGAUGGCGUUACAAGAAUGUCCUCAUUAGCUGAUGACAUUGUUCGGACUGCAGAAGAUCGGCUGCGCAUUUUCACCCAACAUGACCAUUACAGCCAGUACGCUGGUACUUUCCAUACAGUGCUUCGUCAAGUGGUUGACAAGACCAUCGCCUUGAUAGAAGUGAAGCGGAAAUACGCGGAUGAACUGACCGCCGUCGAUCGCGCAAUCAUUCCGUCCAAUGACAUAUAUGCAGUCAAGGCCAAUGAAGCCGUGAUGCAUAUUCGUGAAGCUAUUUAUCAACUCAUAACAACAUGGAACGAUCAAAGCACUGUGCUUGCGGCAACAGUCCGUGCUGUAAAGAAAAACACCGAGGAUAAUGGCACAGCUUCUGAGGUGGACUUAGCGGUUAUUCAGGCUCCCAGGUCCCACUUUAGCAAAUGUUUUCAGUCUGUUGACAUUGGCUUGGAGCGCAUAGACGACCCGUUUCCAGCAUAUCUACAUCUUGGAUUGAAACUUCAACCGAGAGUUGGUGUUGUUGUGCGAGACAUCAUGGAUUCAAGAGGAAACUAUAAACCUGACAUUGGUAGUAUAAUUGCAUAUGCGCUUUCAUCAGCAGAUUAUGAAGUGAGCCAUUUAAUUACUUCCGUAUGGGCCUAUUAUUCUGAAAAAAGCUCAACUUUCGUACUUCUGGAUCGUUCUUCUAUCGGACCCAGGAUGAUCGAAAAUCGACGGAAACAGCGAGACGCUGCGAAAGGAGAGCAACCUCCGCUCAAUCUCAAUUCGAGCAGCGUAUCAUCGGACGAACAGGCGUUAGCAGCAGAGCAUCUUGAAAUAGAAUUUCAGGAUAGUCAAGCAUCUUACUAUGUGAAGGCGUACUAUGCGGCGAGAUUCCGGCUGUUGCGCAAGUUGUUGUUUACUGAAGGCGAAGAAGCGUUCAUUCGUUCUUUGUCUCAAAGUACAUUUUGGACACCUCAGGGAGGGAAAUCUGGAUCGUUCUUCUAUCGGACCCAGGAUGAUCGUUUUGUUGUGAAGCAGAUGUCUCGAUUUGAAAUUCAAUCUUUUGUUGAAUUUGCACCGCACUACUUCGAUUACGUAAAAACAGCUGUGGUCGAAAACAAGCUGACAGCUUUGUGCAAAGUGUACGGUGUAUUCCGAGUCGGCUACAAAAGCAAAGCUACUCAAUUGAAAUUUGACAUUCUGGUUAUGGAGUAUUUGUUCUAUAAGCACAAUGUUGAUCAAGUAUGGGAUCUAAAAGGUUCCUUGAGAAAUCGAAUGGCCUCAACGGGAAAGAGUACGUCAGACCUUGUGUUGUUGGACGAAAAUCUUAUGAAGGAUCUGUGGAACAAACAACUAUACAUCUACCCACACGCUAAAGCUGCUCUUAAUCAGGCAAUAAGCAACGACAGCCACUUUCUGAGUUCUCAGCACGUUAUGGAUUACUCUUUACUUGUUGGAGUGGAUGAAACGAACGGUGAAUUGAUUCUUGGAAUUGUUGAUUAUAUGAGGACGUACACGCUAGACAAGGUAAUGCUAUUCAUUUUCGAUAGGUUAUUAAUGUACCUUGUUGUAGUUUCCUUGGUGCGAGGUGUUUCGAGGAAACACCUGUAG